UACAAAAACCACUACUCAGCUUCCAACGACCAAGCAAUACUUAACUACUUCUGCACAAACCUCCACGUUGGAAACCACUACAACACCAACAGCCACUUCUCCCCCAGAGACCACAAUGACCUCCAGCUCUAUAAAGACUACUACCUCUUCAGAAACCACUACUCCACAUCCUAUCACCACAAAACACUUAACUAUUUCUCCAGAGGCCACCACACCUGUAUCCGUCACGUCAGAAGCAGCCAGCUCUCCAAUGAGUUCAGUGCCUUCUACGGCAUUAGCAAAGGCCAAAGUAACUUCUUCCAUUUCUAAAACCACAACACCAACUCCAGAGGGCACAGUGUCCUCUACAGGUUUUUCAGAGACUAGCAUGACUCCGACGAGCCCGCCAAUGACCACCGCUUCUGCUUCGUCAAGUAGUGUGACAUCUAUAACUCCCACAAGCAGUUCCAGUCUCCUUUCUACCCCUGAGCAAACAUCCACCUCUGGCCCAGAAACCACAAUGCCGUCCAGCUCUUCCCCAGAGAGCUCCUCAAUUAGUAGUAGUACUACAAAAACCACUACUCAGCUUCCAACGACCAAGGAAUACUUAACUACUUCUGCACAAACCUCCACGUUGGAAACCACUACAACACCAACAGCCAAUGCUCCCCCAGAGGCCACAAUGACCUCCAGCUCUAUAAAGAAUACUACCUCUUCAGAAACCACUACUCCACAUCCUAUCACCACAAAACACUUAACUAUUUCUCCAGAGGCCACCACACCUGUAUCCGUCACAUCAGAAGCAGCCAGCUCUCCAAUGAGUUCAGUGCCUUCUACGGCAUCAGCAAAGGCCAAACUCUAUAAAGACUACUACCUCUUCAGAAACCACUACUCCACAUUCUAUCACCACAAAACACUUAACUACUUCUCCAGAGGCCACCACACCUGUAUCCGUCACGUCAGAAGCAGCCAGCUCUCCAAUGAGUUCAGUGCCUUCUACGGCAUCAGCAAAGACCAGACUUCCAACGACCAAGGAAUACUUAACUACUUCUGCACAAACCUCCACGUUGGAAACCACUACAAUAGCAACAGCCACUUCUCCCCCAGAGACCACAAUGACCUCCAGCUCUAUAAAGACUACUACCUCUUCAGAAACCACUACUCCACAUCCUAUCACCACAAAACACUUAACUACUUCUCCAGAGGCCACCAGACCUGUAUCCGUCACGUCAGAAGCAGCCAGCUCUCCAAUGAGUUCAGUGCCUUCUACGGCAUCAGCAAAGGCCAAACUUCCAACGACCAAGCAAUACUUAACUACUUCUGCACAAACCUCCACGUUGGAAACCACUACAACACCAACAGCCACUUCUCCCCCAGAUACCACAAUGACUUCCAGCUCUAUAAAGACUACUACCUCUUCAGAAACCACUACUCCACAUCCUAUAACGACAAAACACUUAAGUAUUUCUCCAGAGGCCACAACACCUGUAUCCGUCACGUCAGAAGCAGCCAGCUCUCCAAUGAGUUCAGUGCCUUCUACGGCAUCAGCAAAGGCCAAAAGACCACAAAGCUGUCCAGCUCUUCCCCAGAGAGCCCCUCAAUUAGUAGUAGUACUACAAAAACCAUUACUCAGCUUCCAAAGACCAAGGAAUACUUAACUACUUCUGCACAAACCUCCGCGUUGGAAACCACUACAACAGCAACAGCCACUUCUCCCCCAGAGACCACAAUGACCUCCAGCUCUAUAAGGACUACUACUUCUUCAGAAAACACUACUCCACAUCCUACCACCACAAAACAAUUAACUAUUUCUCCAGAGGCCACCACACCUGUAUCCGUCGCGUCAGAAGCAGCCAGCUCUCCAAUGAGUUCAGUGCCUUCUACAGGUUUUUCAGAGACUAGCAUGACUCCGACGAGUCCACCAAUGACCACCGCUUCUGCUUCGUCAAGUAGUGUGACAUCUAUAACUCCCACAAGCAGUUCCAGCCUUCUUUCUACCCCCGAGCAAACGUCCCCCUCUGGCCCAGAGACCACAAAGCACUCCAGCUCUUCCCCAGAGAGCUCCUCAAUUAGUAGUAGUACUACAAAAACCACUACUCAGCUUCCAACGACCAAGCAAUACUUAACUACUUCUGCACAAACCUCCACGUUGGAAACCACUACAACACCAACAGCCACUUCUCCCCCAGAGACCACAAUGACCUCCAGCUCUAUAAAGACUACUACCUCUUCAGAAACCACUACUCCACAUCCUAUCACCACAAAACACUUAACUAUUUCUCCAGAGGCCACCACACCUGUAUCCGUCACGUCAGAAGCAGCCAGCUCUCCAAUGAGUUCAGUGCCUUCUACGGCAUUAGCAAAGGCCAAAGUAACUUCUUCCAUUUCUAAAACCACAACACCAACUCCAGAGGGCACAGUGUCCUCUACAGGUUUUUCAGAGACUAGCAUGACUCCGACGAGCCCGCCAAUGACCACCGCUUCUGCUUCGUCAAGUAGUGUGACAUCUAUAACUCCCACAAGCAGUUCCAGUCUCCUUUCUACCCCUGAGCAAACAUCCACCUCUGGCCCAGAAACCACAAUGCCGUCCAGCUCUUCCCCAGAGAGCUCCUCAAUUAGUAGUAGUACUACAAAAACCACUACUCAGCUUCCAACGACCAAGGAAUACUUAACUACUUCUGCACAAACCUCCACGUUGGAAACCACUACAACACCAACAGCCAAUGCUCCCCCAGAGGCCACAAUGACCUCCAGCUCUAUAAAGAAUACUACCUCUUCAGAAACCACUACUCCACAUCCUAUCACCACAAAACACUUAACUAUUUCUCCAGAGGCCACCACACCUGUAUCCGUCACAUCAGAAGCAGCCAGCUCUCCAAUGAGUUCAGUGCCUUCUACGGCAUCAGCAAAGGCCAAAGUAACUUCUUCCAUUUCGAAAACCACAACAACAACUCCAGAGGGCACAGUGUCCUCUACAGGUUUUUCAGAGACUAGCAUGACUCCGACGAGUCCGCCAAUGACCACCGCUUCUGCUUCAUCAAGUAGU